UGUCGGCCGUGGCGGCAUGGGGCGGGCGGCGCUGGCCCUGUGGGCAUUGGUGGCGGGUGCUGUGUGGCGGCUGCAGCCUGCCGCGGCGGGCGGCCAGGCAGAUGCAAAAUGGAAAACGUUAACUGACCAAAUUAAGAAAGCUGUGGAAGCCUAUAAGCCAUGUGUAAAGGAGAAUUGCAGCUGUCACCAAAGUGUCUGGAAGCAGGACCUGGCUCCUUUUCGAGGCGGCAUUUCCAAGGAGAUGAUAUCCGAUGCGGUGAGCCGGAAGCUCGGAACACACUACCAAAUCAUUCAGAACAAACUGUACCGUGAGCAGGACUGCAUGUUCCCUGCAAGAUGCAGUGGAGUUGAGCAUUUCCUUUUGGGCAUCAUCAACCUCCUCCCUGACAUGGAAAUGGUGAUCAAUGUGCGAGACUACCCCCAGGUUCCCAAAUGGAUGAAACCUAUUAUCCCAGUCUUCUCCUUCAGUAAGACACUUGAAUACAAUGAUAUCAUGUACCCUGCCUGGACAUUUUGGGAAGGAGGACCAGCUGUUUGGCCAAUUUACCCAACAGGUUUAGGACGCUGGGACCUCAUGAGGGAGGACCUCAGAAGAUCUGCCGAAAAAUGGCCUUGGGAGAAAAAAAUCUCUAAAGGAUAUUUCCGAGGAUCCAGAACAAGCCCUGAGAGAGAUCCCCUCGUUCUGCUGUCCCGAGAAAACCCAGAGCUUGUUGAUGCUGAGUACACUAAAAACCAGGCUUGGAAAUCUGAAAAGGAUACCUUGGGGAAGCCUCCUGCAAAGGAAAUUCCACUGGUUGAUCACUGCAAAUACAAGUAUCUGUUUAAUUUCCGGGGAGUGGCUGCCAGUUUCCGCUUGAAACACCUUUUCUUAUGUGGUUCGCUCGUCUUUCAUGUUGGAGAAGAGUGGUUGGAGUUCUUCUACCCACAGCUGAAGCCUUGGGUCCACUACAUCCCAGUCCGGUCAGACCUCUCUAACAUCAGGGAGCUGUUGCAGUUUGUAAAGGAAAAUGAUGACAUAGCACAAGAAAUUGCAGAGAGGGGACGCCAAUUCAUCACUGAACACUUGAAGAUGGAGGAUGUCUCUUGCUACUGGGAGCAUCUGCUGUCGGAGUAUUCCCAAGCCUUGACUUACAAAGUGAAAAGGAGGAAGAGCUACGGCGAGAUCACUUCUGGAUGGCUGAAAACAGAGCUGUAGAGACUUCUCUGUUGUUCUUUUCAGCUCAAACUGAUCUUGGUAGAAAUCUGAAGAUCAGUGUAUCUUCUUUCUUGUUCCCUCAGACUUACUCUCCUUUAUGCUAGAACUACAGAGAACAGCAGUAGGUUAGCUUUGAAACUGCUCCCAUAGAGUGGGACAGGGUUAUACUGUUGCCAUAAGAAUACCCAGGAGAAAGCUGAUUGUGGCUGUUUAAUGGGAUGGUCGUGGUCAUUCCUGGAAGAGAGUGGUUAGCAUUUGGGAUGGAAUCACUGCCUGCCUCAGAAUGAUCCUAAAUCCCACUCAGUCAGUGAGAAGCCUUUCUGUUAGUUUUGCUGGACUUUUUACCAAGUCCUCUGCAUUCUUGGGCAAGGAACAGAGGUUGUCAGCUCUCUCAGCUGGGAGAUAGAUGACCCCUUUUGUUUUUAGGCAAAUGGUCAAUGUUUUUUCACCUUGGGAUAUUAAGGUGUUCUCUGACAGAAGCAGGUACUGGGAUUUAGGGUUAGCUUUUUAGAUAGCUUAGAGCUUAGGUUGAUAUGAUCUUAGAGGUUGAUGGCAAGGUUUUGAUGUGCCGUUGAAUGGAUCCUUGCACAACUAAACUACCUACCUCAUAGGGGAGCAUGCUAAGCCUGAGCAGCAAAUGGACAAACAGUUGGCAGCUGAGAUCCUUCAACAGAUGAGCUAGGUGACUGCACAGCCACGCAGAGCUGAGCCCCUGUCAACAAGGUCUCACUGGUCAGCUGGCCAGACACAUUUAACAGCCCAAAGAAAGCAUUUGCAGAGGUAGAGUCAGUUCUUUUUUCCCAGAUAGUCACAGGUUCUCUGCUGUGAUCUCCUUCUGUAAUCUUUCUAAGGCUGUUUUUGGGGGGGGUGUUUUU